CUGCGACGAGACUGUCGUAAAAACAAGAGUCGAAAAAACCUCGGGGUGCCGUAAAAUGCCGUGAGGCGCGGCCGGCGGGGCCUGAGGGACAGAGCCCGGGCCGGUCCCGCUCCAUAUGCCCCGAACCGCUCCGAACCGCUCCAUGUGGGGCCGCUCCUCGCCCGCAGCCGCUGCCGCAGCCUCAUCCUUCUACUAUGGCCCGGAAAACAGUUAGCAGGAAGCGGAAAGCGGCGGCAGCCGCCGCCGCGGGGCCUGGGGGGCUCCAGGGGGAGCAGUAUGUGUGGGAUCACUCGGUGCACAAAAGGAAACGGCUCCCCCCGGUGAAGAGGUCCCUGGUGUACUACCUGAAAGGGAGGGAGCUCCGGAUGCAGAAUGAGUCCAGCUACCACCGCCUGUUGCACGGAUACGCAGCCCAGCAGCUCCCCAGCCUCCUGAAGGAGAGAGAAUUCCACCUCGGAACCCUCAAUAAAGUGUUUGCCUCCCAGUGGCUGAACCACCGGCAAGUGGUGUGCGGGACGAAAUGCAACACGUUAUUUGUAGUAGAUGUCCAGACUGGUCAAAUUACCAAGAUUCCUAUUCUGAAGGAUCGUGAACCGGGCAUGGUGAACCAGCAGGGAUGUGGCAUUCAUGCCAUCGAGCUCAACCCCUCGAGGACCCUCCUGGCCACAGGUGGAGACAACCCCAACAGUCUUGCAAUUUAUCGCCUGCCUACACUCGAUCCUGUCUGUGUGGGAGAUGAUGGACAUAAGGAUUGGAUAUUUUCAAUUGCAUGGAUCAGUGAUACUAUGGCUGUUUCUGGUUCCCGGGAUGGUUCAAUGGGUCUCUGGGAAGUCACAGAGGAUGUGUUGUCCAAAAGUGAUGCUAGGCAUAACCUCUCUCAAGUUCCUGUCUAUGCCCACAUAACACACAGCGCUCUGAAGGACAUCCCCAAGGAGAACACCAACCCUGACAACUGCAAAGUCCGAGCAUUGGCCUUCAACAAUAAGAACAAGGAGCUGGGAGCAGUGUCCCUGGAUGGGUAUUUUCAUCUUUGGAAGGCAGAGCUCACACUAUCAAAGUUACUUUCCACAAAGUUGCCAUACUGCAGGGAGAACGUGUGUUUGGCUUAUGGUCAGGAGUGGUCAGUGUAUGCAGUAGGAUCACAGGCACACGUCUCCUUCCUGGACCCAAGGCAGCCUUCCCACAAUGUUAAAUCCGUCUGUUCCAAAGAACGAGGCAGUGGUAUCCGGUCAGUGAGCUUCUAUGAGCACAUCAUCACCGUGGGAACAGGGCAAGGUUCCCUGUUGUUCUACGAUAUCAGAGCCCAGAGGUUCCUGGAUGAAAAGCCCCCCCAUGCCUGCUAUGGCCCAAAGCAAAAAUUAGGAGGAGGUGAAAUUUUGAAGCUGACAACUGGGAAAGGCUGGCUGAACCAUGAUGAAACCUGGAGGAAUUAUUUUUCUGAUAUAAAUUACUUCCCAAAUGCUGUUUACACCCACUGCUACGACUCGUCUGGAACGAAACUCUUUGUGGCAGGAGGCCCCCUUCCAUCAGGACUUCAUGGGAAUUACGCUGGUCUCUGGAGCUAAUGAUAACUCUUCAUAAAUGCUGAUCUUUACACAGA